AUGGCGCCCCGCGUCGGCCCGCGACUGCUGCUCGCCGCGGGCCUCCUCGGGGCGCUGCGGGGCCAGUGGGAGCCCACCUGCAGCCAGGGCUUCGCUGCUGGAGCUGCGCCCGCGCUGCGCGGGGCCCGCGCGGCGCCCGGCUUCGGGCGGCGAGGGGCGGCGCCGAGGCGGCGGCUGCCGCCCCGCGGCGCCGCGGGCGCCGAAGAGGUCUUCGGCCUCACGCUGCCGCCCGACGAUGUGGUCGACGCUGUGGAGAAGGCCGGCACCCGAGUGACGGCGGCGGACGUGGCGGCCGCGGGGGGCAUGGGCGUGGAGAGGGCGCGUAAGGGGCUGGUCGCCUUGGCCGCGUGCCUCGGGGGCGAGGCGAGCCUCGAGGUGUCGAGGAGUGGCGAGAUCGUCUACGUAUUCCCGCAGGAGACACACGGGGCGCACUCUCGAGAUCCUCUCAGGCCGCUGGGCUGCGCGAAGCGUGGAACAGUGCCAAGCCCGCGCUGUUCACCGCAGCCCGCGUCGCCUUCGGCGUGGCGCUGUUCGCCUCCAUCGCCGUGA